AUGAUGUGUGUUGCAGAGAGUAAGAAGAAGUCUCGUGCCGACCGCGUGCCCACCUUCAUGGUUACCAAGCGGGAUUAUAAGAAGGCGCCUGUGGAGCUGAAGCGGUCUGCUUCACAGAAACUGGUGCACGAUGUCAUCACCGAAAUUGCGGGUUUUGCGCCUUACGAGAAGCGCGUGAUUGAGCUGCUCAAGGUCGGCACUGCCGCCACGCAAAAGCGCGCCCUCAAGGUGCUCAAGAAGAGACUCGGCAGCCACACCGCGGCCAAGUGCAAACGCGACAACCUGGCCGAGGUCGUCGCCGCCCAGAAGCAUCACCACUAA